AUGGGAACCGUCGAUGUGACGAAGUUACUGCGUACCGCGCCAGUCCGAGGGUUUCUACUUGAUAUUACGGGUGUUCUGUACAAUAGCUCUGAAGGGAGCGACGGGGUAACUAUCCAGGGAUCGGUCGACGCCGUUGCGAGGUUGUAUAAGGAGUCUCGGGUUCGCUUCCUCAGCAAUGAGAGCACACAUACAACGGAGAAGGUUGUCGCCAAGCUGCGCCGACUUGGUUUUACACUUGAGGAAUCUGAUGUCAUCACACCGGCCCCGGUAGCUGCUGAUUAUUUGCGGCAACGUGAGCUGAGACCGCAUCUGCUGCUUCAUCCUGGUGUUUCUUCCUAUUUCCCGACCAGCUCCCCCGAUGCGAACUGUGUACUGCUCGGCGACGCGGAGCACGAAUUUUCUUUUCACAACGUCAACGAGGCCUUCCGGGCGUUGAUGAGGAUGAAGAAGCCGCUGCUGGUCACACUGGGACAAGGAAAAUUCUACCAGCGGACCGACGGGCCAACGAUUGAUGUGGGCGCAUAUGCGGAAGCGCUGAAAUAUUCAUCCGGAUGUGAUCAUGUGGUUAUCGGGAAGCCAUCUGCCGAAUAUUUUCAAUAUGCGAUUGACGCAAUUGGGGUUCCAGCAACGGAGACUGUGAUGAUUGGCGAUGAUCUUAUCUCAGACGUCGGCGGGGCUCAGCGUUUCGGGAUGCGCGGGAUCCAGGUUCGCACCGGAAAGUGGAGGCCGGAAUGGGAGCAUCACCCUACCGUCAGCCCCGACCUGAUCGUCAACAAUCUGGCUGCGGCUGUGAAUUCGAUCCUCGACGCGCAACAGCAGCGGGGAGUACAAAACCACGUG